UCUAUAGAGAAAGAGAAGAAGAUAAUCCCUUGAACCUUAAGCCAAUCCAAAACACGUAACCAUAUCCAAUCCCAAUCCGAAACCCGAUCAUUAUGGUACUCAAUCUACUCUUCAUAACGACUGUGAUCAAGUCGACCUUCGGCGUGGUGACGACGGGCCUCUGGCUAAUACCGCUGAUGCUGGCCGCCAUCACCUACUAUCGCUACGAUGCAGUCGACCCCGAGUCGCGGCCACUGGACCAGCUCAACCUCUAUCCGGAGUACGACUUCAUAGUGGUGGGCAGUGGCUCGGCGGGGGCUGUGGUGGCCAAUCGGCUGAGCGAGGUGCGCAAGUGGAAGGUUCUGCUGAUCGAGGCCGGGCCGGAUGAGAACGAGAUCUCGGACGUGCCCUCGCUGGCCGCCUACCUGCAGCUGAGCAAACUGGACUGGGCCUACAAGACGGAGCCCUCGAACAAGGCCUGUCUGGGGAUGCAGAACAACCGCUGCAACUGGCCCAGAGGCAGGGUCCUCGGCGGCAGCUCCGUCCUCAACUAUAUGCUGUAUGUGCGGGGCAAUCGCAACGACUACGACCACUGGGCCUCGCUGGGGAACACCGGCUGGGACUACGACCAGGUGCUGCGCUACUUCAAGAAGUCCGAGGACAACCGCAAUCCCUAUCUGGCCAACAACGCCUACCAUGGCAGGGGCGGCCUGCUGACUGUCCAGGAGUCGCCCUGGCACUCGCCCCUGGUGGCGGCCUUCGUGGAGGCUGGCACGCAGUUGGGCUACCAGAAUCGCGACAUCAACGGGGCCCAACAGUCGGGCUUCAUGAUCGCCCAGGGCACCAUCCGACGGGGCUCCCGCUGCUCCACCGCCAAGGCAUUUCUGCGACCGAUCCGGCAGCGCAAGAACUUCCAUCUGUCGAUGAACUCCCAUGUGACGAGGGUGAUCAUCGAGCCGGGCACCAUGCGGGCCCAGGCCGUCGAGUUUGUCAAGCACGGAAAGGUGUAUCGCAUUGCGGCCCGUCGGGAGGUGAUCCUCUCGGCGGGGGCCAUCAACACCCCGCAGCUGAUGAUGCUGUCGGGACUGGGGCCGCGGAAGCAGCUCGAGAAGCACGGCAUCCGAGUGCUGCAGGACCUGCCCGUGGGCGAGAACAUGCAGGACCAUGUGGGCAUGGGCGGACUCACGUUUCUGGUGGACAAGCCGGUGGCCAUCAUUCAGGAUCGCUUCAAUCCCACGGCCGUCACCUUUCAGUAUGUGCUGCGCGAACGCGGACCCAUGACGACCCUCGGCGGAGUCGAGGGCCUGGCCUUUGUCCACACGCCGUACUCCAAUCGCACCGUCGACUGGCCGGACAUACAGUUCCACAUGGCGCCGGCGUCGAUCAACUCGGACAACGGGGCGCGGGUGAAGAAGGUGCUGGGCCUGAAGGAGUCUGUCUACAAGGAAGUCUACCAUCCCAUUGCCAACAAGGACAGCUGGACGAUUAUGCCGCUGCUGCUGCGUCCCCGAUCGAGGGGCUCGGUGAGGCUGAGGACGGCCAACCCCUUUCACUACCCGCUGAUCGAUGCCAACUACUUUGACGACCCCCUCGACGCCAAGACCCUCGUCGAGGGCGCCAAGAUCGCCCUGCGCGUGGCCGAGGCGCAAGUCUUCAAGCAGUUCGGAUCGCGGCUGUGGCGCAAGCCGCUGCCCAACUGCAAGCAGCACAAGUUCCUCUCGGACGCCUACCUGGAGUGCCAUGUGAGGACCAUUUCGAUGACCAUCUACCAUCCGUGCGGGACGGCCAAAAUGGGCCCCGCCUGGGAUCCCGAGGCCGUCGUGGAUCCCCGCCUCCGAGUCUACGGUGUGCGCGGCCUGCGCGUGAUCGAUGCCAGCAUCAUGCCCACCAUCAGCAGCGGCAACACGAAUGCACCUGUCAUCAUGAUUGCCGAGAAGGGCGCCGAUCUCAUCAAGGAGGAUUGGCUCACCAAUCCCGAGUACAAGGUGAAGCGACAGGCCUCCACCUCCUCCACCGCUGGGCGCACAAAGAGUCGACCUGCAGCAGGCGACACGGAUGAGGCAGCCAGCAGCAUUCAAGUUUCCGAUAUCGAAGGCAUGCUAAACGAUCAGUCCCUGUCCCUGUCCCUGUCCAACUUUGGACGUACUUCGUUAAUGUUCUAA